AUGCUUGGCGAUGACAACAUCUCGGCUAUUUUGGACUCCCUGACUGUCGGCUACGACAAAAGACUGAUGCCCAAUUAUUUCGAUCCGCCAUUGGAGGUGGGCGUCACCAUGACUGUGCUGUCUAUCAACUCCAUCUCCGAAGUGAACAUGGAUUUCACAUUGGAUUUAUUAUUACUUCAGUACUGGACUGAUCCAAGGCUUGCAUUCAUAAAGCGGCCAGGUGUUGAAGCAGUAUUACUUGGAUCAGAAUUUAUUAAGAACAUAUGGGUGCCUGACACAUAUUUCGUAAAUGAAAAAAAACCUAUUUUCACACUGUAA